AUGGACAAGAUUGAUCGCUUCUUCGCUUACUAUCCUGACUUCGACUACAACAGAACUGAGUCAUCACCCAGAGAAUUUUACCGGAUGUGCGAUUUCUUCGACUGGGGCAAGAACAGCAGAGACGAAUACCCAGCAGAACGAUUACAAGCACAAGAAGACUUCAGACGUGCCAUGGUGGAGAACUUCAAUGACCAUUUUGGCACUGAUGUCGAUGACCUGCAAGCCUGGGAACACAUGUGUGUUGUUCUCGGCAUUGAGCCACUUCCAGAAAGCAUGCAAGCAAUGAAGGCGGCUGUGAAAUCCACACACGUCAAUCUGGCAGAUUUGCUUGACAAUAACCGCUCAGGAGUUGUGCUCAGGAUCUUUGACACUCAGGUCGAGCUUGCUCAGUAUACCAGGAGUACGGGACGGUUCUUUCCUAAAGAGGAUGCAUAUGCUGGUGGACUCCUGAGGUUUUUGCUUCGUGAGAUCACGGGCACAUACCAUGGUCGACGAGCGGGUCAGCAACGGAGCAGGAAGAAGCGUUGA